AUGCCCCGGGCGACUGCUCUCGGGGUCCCAGUGCCCCUGCUGCUGCCUGUCCUGCUGCUGCUGCUACCGCCGCUGCCCCGCGGCGCCGGGGGGCUGGCGGAGCUCUCGGACGCCGCCCCGGACUAUUCGGCGCUGGAAGGCGAGGAGGGCGCGGAGCAGCAGCUGGAGCAUUACCACGACCCGUGCAAAGCCGCUGUCUUUUGGGGAGACAUUGCCUUAGAUGAAGAGGAUCUGAAGUUAUUUCACAUCAACAAAGCCAGAGACUGGAUCAAGCAGUCAGCAGAGGAAAGGGGACAUAGCACUGGUGGGCUGGAGAAGCAGCAAUCUGAGAGCCGGGAGAACGCAACCUCCACCAGGACCAGCGGCGAGGAAGCUAGAAGGGAUGGCGAGGAGAAUGCCAUGCUUCUGCCCAGCCCCAGGACCUCGGACGCCAGAACUGAGACCUUUUCUUCUCGGGUCCGAAGAGCCACAACCUCGAGGACAGAGAGAAUAUGGCCCGGAGGGGUCAUCCCCUACGUCAUCGGUGGGAACUUCACUGGUAGCCAGAGGGCCAUUUUUAAGCAGGCCAUGAGACACUGGGAGAAGCACACCUGUGUGACCUUCAUAGAAAGGACUGAUGAAGAGAGCUUUAUUGUGUUCAGUUACAGAACCUGCGGCUGUUGUUCCUACGUUGGGCGCCGAGGAGGAGGCCCACAGGCCAUAUCCAUUGGGAAAAACUGUGACAAGUUUGGCAUUGUGGCGCACGAGUUGGGCCAUGUGGUUGGGUUCUGGCAUGAACACACCCGGCCAGACAGAGACCAGCAUGUCACCAUCAUCAGAGAAAACAUCCAACCAGGUCAGGAGUAUAAUUUCUUAAAAAUGGAAGCUGGGGAAGUGAGCUCUCUGGGAGAGACGUACGACUUUGACAGCAUCAUGCACUACGCCCGGAACACGUUCUCAAGAGGAGUUUUCUUAGACACCAUCCUCCCCCGCCGAGACGACAAUGGCAUCAGGCCAACCAUUGGCCAGCGCGUGCGGCUCAGUCAGGGAGACAUAGCUCAAGCCAGGAAGCUGUACAAAUGCCCAGCGUGUGGGGAGACCCUGCAGGACACAACAGGAAAUUUUUCUGCACCUGGUUUCCCAAAUGGCUACCCUUCUUACUCCCACUGUGUCUGGAGGAUAUCGGUCACUCCGGGGGAAAAGAUCAUCCUAAACUUCACAUCCAUGGAUUUGUUUAAAAGCCGCCUGUGCUGGUACGACUAUGUGGAGGUCCGGGAUGGUUAUUGGAGAAAAGCCCCCCUGUUGGGUAGGUUUUGCGGUGAUGAAGUCCCGGAGCCCCUCAUCUCCACGGACAGCCGGCUCUGGGUGGAGUUCCGGAGCAGCAGUGGCAUCUUGGGCAGGGGUUUCUUCGCAGUGUACGAAGCUACGUGUGGGGGAGACAUUAACAAAGAUGCUGGUCAGAUUCAAUCUCCCAACUACCCGGAUGACUACAGACCUUCCAAGGAAUGUGUUUGGAGGAUUACGGUUUCGGAAGGGUUUCACGUGGGACUUACCUUCCAAGCUUUCGAGAUCGAAAGGCAUGACAGCUGUGCAUAUGACUACCUGGAAAUCCGCGACGGCCCCACGGAAGAGAGCGCCCUGAUUGGCCAUUUUUGUGGCUACGAGAAGCCGGAAGAUGUGAAAUCCAGCUCCAACAGAAUGUGGAUGAAGUUUGUGUCCGAUGGCUCUAUCAAUAAAGCGGGCUUUGCAGCCAAUUUUUUCAAGGAGGUGGAUGAGUGUUCCUGGCCAGAUCAUGGCGGGUGUGAGCAGCGCUGUGUGAACACUCUGGGCAGCUACAAGUGUGCGUGUGAUCCUGGCUAUGAGCUGGCUGCUGAUAAGAAGAUGUGUGAAGUGGCCUGUGGUGGUUUUAUUACCAAGCUGAACGGGACCAUCACCAGCCCUGGGUGGCCGAAGGAGUAUCCUACAAACAAAAACUGCGUCUGGCAGGUGGUGGCCCCUGCUCAGUACCGGAUCUCCCUUCAGUUUGAAGUGUUUGAAUUGGAAGGAAAUGAUGUCUGCAAGUACGACUUCGUGGAGGUACGCAGCGGCUUGUCCCCCGACGCCAGGCUGCACGGCAAGUUCUGCGGCUCUGAGAUGCCCGAGGUCAUCACCUCCCAGAGCAACAACAUGCGUGUGGAGUUCAAGUCGGACAACACGGUCUCCAAACGCGGCUUCAGAGCCCACUUCUUCUCAGACAAGGACGAGUGUGCCAAGGACAACGGCGGGUGCCAGCAUGAGUGCGUCAACACGUCUGGGAGCUACCUGUGCCGGUGCAGAAACGGGUACCGGCUCCACGAGAACGGGCGUGACUGCAAGGAAGCUGGCUGUGCACACAAGAUCAGCAGUGCAGAGGGGACCCUGGCGAGCCCCAACUGGCCCGACAAGUACCCCAGUCGGAGGGAGUGUACCUGGAACAUCUCUUCCACCGCGGGCCACCGGGUGAAACUCACAUUUAACGAAUUUGAGAUCGAGCAGCACCAAGAAUGUGCCUACGACCACCUGGAGCUCUACGACGGGCCCGACAGCCUGGCCCCCAUCCUUGGCCGUUUCUGUGGCAGCAAGAAACCGGACCCCAUGGUGGCUUCAGGCAGCAGCCUGUUCCUCAGGUUUUAUUCAGAUGCCUCUGUGCAGAGGAAAGGUUUCCAGGCGGUGCACAGCACAGAGUGCGGGGGCAGGCUGAAGGCUGAAGUGCAGACCAAAGAGCUGUAUUCCCAUGCCCAGUUUGGGGACAACAACUACCCGAGCCAGGCCCGCUGCGACUGGGUGAUCGUGGCGGAGGACGGCUACGGGGUCGAGUUGAUCUUCCUGACCUUUGAGGUGGAGGAGGAGGCCGACUGUGGCUAUGACUACAUGGACGCCUACGAUGGCUAUGACAGCACGGCGCCCAGGCUCGGCCGCUUCUGCGGCUCCGGGCCAUUGGAAGAGAUCUACUCUGCAGGAGAUUCUCUGAUGAUUCAGUUCCACACGGAUGACACCAUCAACAAGAAAGGCUUUCACGCCCGAUACACCAGCACCAAGUUCCAGGAUGCCCUGCACAUGAAGAAGUAA